CCAAGAAAUGACGCCGGAUCUCCCAUGACCCCACCAUUCUCGAGUAGAUCUUGAGCAUUGUGCCACAGUCAUUACUGCUAUCGCGACUUCCCCUCAUUCGCGCAACCUUCAAAAUCAGAGUACAAAUUUCAUCCUGCAAUGGCGGACCCAUUGCCAGCACUCGAACCCGAAACCCUCGAAGCGCUUCAGUCCCGACACCGCAAAGAACAACGCGAUCUUGUCUCACGUACAACACAAAAGAAAAAACAAGCCAGUAAAAAAACGCGAAAGGGGGUCAACGAAGAAUGCGAACGAUUAGAGAGGGAGUUAAAAGAGCGACAUGAGUAUGAGCUUGCCAUUCUGAAUGGAGAUGCUGUACAAGAGGAAAAUAACGACAACGAACCACCUUCAGAAGAUGAGACACAGGACGUUCAGGAGGAUAUAGAAAAACUUACAAUUAAUGGAAAGAGUGCUGAGAGCAAGGAAAACGGUACCACGGAAAACACUGCUGGGCCUAAAGCAAAGAAGCCCAAUCGCGCCAAAGCCCGCCUUGCUCGUCGGGCCGCUGAACAAGCUUCCAUGAUUGCCGAUGCCGAGCGCGAAGCUGCGAAUGCACCAAACCCACGGGAACUCGAGAGAGAACGCAUGGCGACGCAACUGGACAAACACAGCCUUGCGCUUCAUGAGAUACGGGCGGAUGGACAUUGCUUAUAUGCUGCUGUGGCAGACCAGUUGCAGACAAGAGAGCUGGGAUUGCAGCCGAGAAUAGCUAUCACAACGAUUGGAAAAGAUGAAAAGGGUGAAAUCGACAAAAUAGAAAGUUACAAGGUCGUCCGACAUGCAGCGGCAGACUGGAUACAAGGUCACGCCGAUGACUUCGCAGGGUUCAUGGAAGAUCCACUGCCUGAGCACGUUCGCAAGAUUAGAGAAACUGGUGAAUGGGGUGGCCACCUGGAGCUUCUUGCGUUGGCUAGGUCAUAUGGAUUAAGGAUUUGUGUGCUGCACAGCGAUGGAAGAGUGGACAAGAUCGAAGCUGACGACGAUGUUACAGAAAAGAAGGAGAUUUGGUUGGGUUACUAUAAACACAGCCAUGGAUUGGGAGAACACUACAACUCACUGCGCGUGGCUGGUUGAACAACAUCUAGCAGGACCAGUA